AUGCUGGUCGUCAGAGUCUUAUUCACGAUCCUCGAAGAAGUUGAAUCUGAAGAUGCGAUCGAGCAGCGAGGAAACGAGCUGAUGGAGGCCCUCUCGUCUGCCUCAGACGAGCAGUUGGCAGAGACCCUGGUCGAGGCCAUUGCCGAAGUCUCGGGUGGAAAUUCAACCUACGAGGUGACGGUGGUGGAUCGACAGGCCAACGUCACCGUGCUGUUUGGCGACAGGGACUACUCUGGUGACUUUAACAUCACUAUCCCGCCGGUGGUCGAAGAUCCCCCGCCAGAUGAUGGCGGCAUUACCACCACCGGCCUGAUUCUGGGGGUCGUCGCUGGCAUCAUCGCACUUUUCGCGGGCGGCCUUUGUGUCGGCUGCCUCGUUGGGCGGUGCGUCGCGAAGAGGGCGAAGCGCCAGACAGAGCACUUCAUCUUCUCGGACAGUCCGCCUCAGCCAGACGUUGAAGUACCAGAGGACAACAACCGAAACGUUUUCCUGGACGACGAUGCCUUUGACAGCGCUAACUUCAGAGACGAGCCAGUUCCGCCAGAUUCACCUCCGGCCCAGCCUGCGCAGGCCCGCAAUCGCGUCGUGGAGUUCGAAGAGACCAACGCGGCAGAACCGGAGGCGGCUUCUCGUUCCCGCGCCUCGGAGGGUGAGGUCCCCGCAGCCGCAGCUCAGGCCUCGCGAUCCAGACAAUCCUACGACUCGAGCGCUUUCCCCAUCAUGGAGCAGGCGCCGAGCGAGCCCGAGCCAUUGAUGGUCAGUACCGUGUAA